UGGAGAGGGAGUGUGUUGGUUAGAUCACGGAUCUAAUUCUUGGGUUGGCGCAGCCGAGGGAGUGACGAAGAAGAGAGAAAGAAAGUGAUAUCGUGGUGAUAUCAAGAGAGUGUGUGUUGGGAUGAAAGAGAGACUGGAUCCAGACGGGGUGGACGCCGUGGUCUUAUAUAGAUGGAGAGAGGGAGAGCAUCUCUGGGGAUUCGUAGGGGGGUGGCUCUCUCGACCGGGGGAAGAGCUACUUGCCCAAGCUACCGGGGACAAGACAAGAUCCAACCGGCUGGGGCCCGAAGUGUGUGGCCGCGGGGAGUGGGCAGGGCUGCAAAGUGCAUACAUGCGCGGGUCCAGCGAGUUGGACCAAAGAGAUUCCAGGAUGGUCGAUGCCGGGCCCCGGCACAUGUCACUUCGUUGCCAUUUCAUUCCACCCGUGCUCAGUUGCCAGUGUCCACUGCCCAGCGGCAGCCCACAGUGUCCAGCUCAGGGAGUUUGUUUCCGCGCCGUCAUGUUCCUGAGAGCCAAUGUGGAGCCUCUCGGCGCCGAGCCGAUGGGACGGGAGUUUUGCCGGGGUCGGUUGGGAUGAAAACCGCAUGGAUUCCCGGCACACUAGCCAGUCGUUGAAAGCUGGUUCGGCAUGGCGUCCACUGGCGUCCUCGGGCGUCCUCUAGCGCCUGGGCUGGCCUUGUUUCCCCUGGCGCUGCCCCUGGGCAAGGAAAAAUGGCUCACCGUCCAAGCGCGCCUAAGCCAAGAUCCGCCUAGGGCUGGCUUGAGGUUGCCACGAUUGCGAUGGCUUCCCUGGUCCCGCCCAGGCACGGUGCAUUAGUCAGGGACCCGGGAAACGCACACACUCAGAGCCUGGCAAACGGGGGACGUAACUGGUCCAUCGGGGACUGCGACUGGGCUGACCAGG